GAGCAAAAUCUGAAUGUCUUUAAAGGAUUUUUAAGUAAUCUCGAAAUUAGGUAAUAAUUGUAUAAACUAACAAUUGUUAGGGGAAGGUGCAUUUUCUUCGGUUUAUAAAGUAAAAAGAUUGGAAGAUGGAUAAGAAUAUGCUUUAAAAAAAGUAAAACUAUAGAACUUGAAUGAAAAAGAGAAGUAGAAUUCAAUGAACGAAGUACGGAUUUUAGCAUCUGUUAAACACCCAAAUAUUAUAUGUUAUAAGGAAGCUUUUAUUGAUUUAUAAAGUAAUUCAUUAUGGUAUGUUAAAAUCAAAAUUUGUUAUUUAGUAUAGUGAUGGAAUUAGCAGAUGGAAGUGAUUUAUAUUAAAAGAUAGUGAAUAGUAAAAAGAACAAUAAAUAGAUUGAAGAACAAACGAUUUGGAAUAUUUUCAUCUAAAUAGUAAGAGGUUUGAAGGCAUUACAUGAAUUGAAAAUACUGCAUAGAGAUCUGAAAGUAUGAACAAUAAUAAUCUUUAGAGUGCCAAUGUAUUUUUAUCUUAAAAUGGAGAUGUAAAGUUAGGAGAUAUGAAUGUUUCAAAAGUGGCAAAAAAAGGAUUAUUAUACACUUAGACAGGAACUCCAUUUUAUGCUAGUCCAGAAGUAUGGAAAGAUUAACCUUAUGAUUAAAAAUCAGAUAUAUGGAGUUUGGGAUGUGUUAUUUAUGAAAUGGCAGCACUGAAGCCUCCUUUUCAUGCAGAAAAUAUGGAAGCUUUAUAUUAAAGAGUAAUUCGUGGAUAUUAUCCUAAAAUUCCUCAGAAUUAUUCAUAAGAUCUCAAUAAUGCUAUUAGAUCAAUGUUGUAAGUAUAACCACAUCUAAGACCAAAUUGUGAUAAAUUAUUGCAAUUUCCAUCAAUAUUAAAAAGAUAAGAUGAGAUACCUUAACCUGAAUAAACAGAAAAUGAACCUAAUACUUUAUUGUAAACUAUAAAAUUUCCAAAGAAUUACCAUUAUUUUACAUCUAUGUUACCAAAACCUUGUUAUGAUUUCAUUAAUAGAAAAUAAAUAAAAUCAUUGCAUUCAUAAUAAGCCAGUCCUAACCCUAGAUAAAUAAUGAGUGUAAAUGGUAGUUAUGAAGAUGUGUCUAGUUAACAGACUAUAGAGAAAGGGAGUGUUAAUGUUGUAAGUAAAAAACCUAAUCAUCCUGAAAUUCUUAUGAUACUCGAUUAAUAAAAUAAAGUAUAAUAAAAAAGAUUUAUAUAGUAAAUUCGAAAACCAAUAAUGAAGAUUCGACCUAAUAGACAUCAAAGUUAAGCAGAAGUUAGUUUAUUGGAUGUAAUAACUCAACAGUAAUCUAAAAUCUCUUUAGAAAAUCACAAGUUACCAAUUUUAGAAGAACUAUCUCCGAAUAAAAGAAAAAUAAGACCAAAUAAAAAUAGAAAUCAAAGUUUACCAAAUGCUAAUUUACUCCCACUUAUUCAAGCAAAUGUUUUAAAAUGA